AUAAUAAUUGUUUAUAACCAUUUUCUUGAAUCAAGAAAAGCUUCAAAAAAAAAGUUAAUGUUCUGUUUCUUGUUAUGAACAGUUAAAAGGAAAGUAAUGUUCGAGAAAUGGGAAAGAAAGGAAAUUGGUUUUCUGCAAUCAAAAGGGUUUUCACACCACAUUCCAAAGAGAAGCAGCUAAGCAACAACAACCAAGAACCAGAGAGAAAGAGUGAAAACAAAGAGAAGAAGAAGAAAGGUUUUGGAAAGAAGCUAAGGAAUGGAGAAACCAAUUCAUUUCUUCCCAUUUUUAGACAGCCUAGUAGUAUCGAAAAGAUCUUGUGUGAAGCUGAACGAGAACAUAACCUUGUCUUUAGGCCACCAAGUCCCACGGAUCGAACAAAGGCAUCAUCAACCUCUGUUCCAUCUCCUUCUGUUAGGCCUGCUUCUCCUAAAGUUCCUUCUCAGAGAUAUGUCUCUUCUCCAAAACCCAUUUCACCAAGAGUUGCUUCCCCUCGAGUCCCUUCUCCGAAGCCCCCUUCUCCAAGAGCGGUUUCGCCUAGGAUUGUGCUACGACGUGAGUUUGUGCAUAGACCAGAGCCAAGUCUACUGGUCAAAAAUGCUUAUGCAACAAAGAUUCAAGCAGCUUUUAGAGGUUACAUGGCAAGGAGGAGUUUCAGAGCUUUGAAAGGUCUAGUCAGGCUUCAAGGAGUGGUGAGAGGACACAGCGUGAAGCGUCAAACGAUGAAUGCUAUGAAGUAUAUGCAGCUUUUAGUCCGAGUCCAAACACAAGUCCAGUCACGUCGCAUCCAAAUGCUGGAAAACCGAGCUAAGAACGACAAAGAUGACACGAAAUUUGCCUCUAGCCUUGCGUCCGAGGAUUGGGACGAUAGUGUGCUGACUAAAGAAGAAAAAGAUGCGAGGCUGCAUAGGAAGAUUGAUGCAAUGAUCAAAAGAGAACGUUCCAUGGCCUAUGCUUAUUCUCACCAGUUAUGGAAAAACAGUCCAAAGUCUGCUCAGGACAUUAGAACAAGUGGGUUCCCACUUUGGUGGAACUGGGUGGACCGGCAGAAGAACCAAAACCAACCAUUCAGGCUAACACCAACACGACCGAGCCCAAGCCCUCAGCCUCAAUCUAGCAGCCAAAACCAUUUCAGGCUCAACAACAUUUUCGACACUUCAACACCCAAUUCAUCAAAAUCCACAUUCGUUACUCCAUCUAGACCCAUUCACACUCCGCAACCAUACAGUAGCAGCGUCUCAAGAUACUCACGAGGAGGAGGAAGAGCCACACAAGAUUCUCCUUUUAAAGAUGAUGAUAGCCUCACAAGCUGCCCUCCAUUCUCAGCUCCAAGCUACAUGGCUCCAACAGUCUCAGCUAAAGCAAAACUGAGAGCAAACAGCAAUCCAAAGGAGAGAAUGGACCGUACACCGGUCAGCACAAAUGAGAAGAGACGGAGUUCGUUCCCUCUUGGUUCGUUCAAAUGGAACAAAGGGUCAUUGUUCAUGAGCAGCAACAGUAACAACAAGGGUCCAGGUUCUUCUUCUUCUGGUGCUGUUGUGCUUGAGAAGCACAAAACCCUCAAAUCCGUUGGAAAUUUGAGUAUUGAUUCUACGGUUUCGAUGCCUGCAACAAUUGGGAGGAGGGCUUUUAACAGAUUUGCCUUUGAUGCUUUCACACUGUUGAUCCAGAAAGAAUUAGUGAUCAACAAACUUAUCCUUGUUAUGAUCAAAAUCUUUCACACAAACCAAAAAAGAAAAGCACCAAUGUCUCGUGAACUUAUUCUCUGCCAAAUCAUUCUUGUUCUGUUCCUUACUCUGUUUUACAAUUCUCAUGGCUACUUCGUCUCACAAGGAUCUGUAGGAAUCGGCUUCAACGGUUACUUCACUUUAACCAACACCACAAAACACACAUUUGGUCAAGCUUUCGACAGCGAGCACGUUGAAAUCAAGAACUCAUCGACAGGUCUCAUUCCAUCUUUCUCAGUCAACUUCUUCUUUGCGAUCGUCCCUGAACAUAACCAGCAAGGCUCACACGGUAUGGCUUUCGUCAUCUCUCCCACAAGAGGUCUUCCCGGAGCUUCCUCCGAUCAAUACCUCGGAAUCUUUAACGAAACAAACAACGAUGGAAGCUUCAAAAAUCUUUCUUUGAUCAGCGGAAAGUUAAUGCGGCUUUCGAUCAUUUAUAGUCAUUCCGAUAAACAGCUCAAUGUUACUUUAUUACCUGCUGAGAUCCCUGUUCCGCCACAAAAACCGCUCUUGUCUUUGAACCGAGAUCUCUCGCCUUAUUUGCUUGAGAAAAUGUAUCUUGGAUUCACUGCAUCGACGGGGUCAGUUGGAGCAAUUCAUUACUUGAUGGGUUGGUUUGUUAAUGGAGUAAUCGAGUAUCCGAGAUUGGACCUUGGUACAAUACCAGUCCUUCCUCCAUAUCCAAAGAAAUCGUCUAAUAGAACAAAAACUGUUUUAGCGGUCUGCUUAACUGUAUCUGUGAUUGCUGCGUUUGUCGCCUCUUGGAUCGGUUUCGUCUUCUAUUUGAGGCAUAAGAAGGUUAAAGAGGUUCUUGAAGAAUGGGAGAUUCAAUAUGGACCUCAUAGGCUGAUUGAGCGACGUGCACAAGAAAAUGAAGAAUAUCUUGUGGAUUGGAUCUUAGAGCUUUGGGAAAAUGGGAAAAUUUUCGAUGCGGCAGAAGAAAGUAUACGUCAAGAACAAAACAGGGGACAACUUGAGCUUGUUUUAAAGCUCGGUGUGUUGUGUUCGCAUCAAGCUGCAUCGAUAAGACCAGCUAUGAGUGCAGUUAUGCGGAUUUUGAAUGGAGUUUCACAGCUUCCGGAUAAUCUUCUUGACAUUGUAAGGGCUGAGAAAAUUAGAGAAUGGCCUGAGACAUCAAUGGAAAUACUACUUGAUGUGAAUUCCUCUAAUACAUUGGAGUUAACUGACUCUUUUGUCUCCAACGGACGAUGAAAAUUUGAAGUUUACCAAUUAAAGUUGAAUCUUAUGUACAUACAUUUAUAUCGAAAACUUGUUAUGUAGCAGCUAUACAAGGGCCAAUAUAUUUAUGGGUAUGAUGUAUGUACAAGUACUUUGAUAUCAUUUUACAUAAACAGUUCGAUAUUUG